UGAUUCGUUUUGAUUACAUUGUUCACUUUCCGCAAUUACUACGUUUUUGAGGGUUUAUGAUGAAGAAAACUAUCAAAAGUAAUGUUCGGAAGUUGUUGCAUACUAUGAUAUGUAAAUACAAAGAAAAACAAGAGGAGAGAAACAUUGCUUUCAAGAAGAAACAAGAGUAUUUACAUGCGAUAUCGUCGUUUUUAGAAGGACUCGGGGAUGUCACGGGAGUCGAUAUUGUCAAAAACACUUUAAAAAAGUUAUGUGAGUUGGAGAAUAAAGAAAUUUUAUUGACCGUAAACCAAUACAUGGCAGAAAUUGCUUCUUACACUGAGGUAAGUGUGUCAACACUUAAUAGAAUCAAACAUGAGGGGUUAGUCAAUGAAGGUGUAUGGAAUACUCCAGGAAAAAAACGCCCUCACAAGAAAACUGUUUCAAACUUGGAUAGCUUUGACAUUCAUGCUAUACGAAACAAAAUCAAUGAAUUUUAUACCGUAAAAAAAGAAGUUCCAACAUUAAGGAGUCUCUUGACAGACUUACAAGAAUCCAUUGGUUUUUGUGGCUGUCGUGAAACACUGCGACAUAUAUUGCUUUCAAAUGGAUUUCAAUUCAAAAACAACAAAAAUGAACGCUCAUUGUUAAUUGAGCGUUAUGAUAUUGCUGCAUGGAGGCACAAGUUUCUCCGAACAAUUGCUACAAAAAGGGCAGAGGGUAAGCAAAUUGUAUACCUUGAUGAGACUUACAUUCAUAAAAACUAUAAACCCAAGAAAUCGUGGCAAGGUCCAUCUACGAGUGGUGUUGUGGAAAACAUAUCUUCAGGAAAGAGGUACAUUAUUGUGCAUGCUGGGCACGAAAAUGGGUUUGUACCUAAUGCGUUAUUGCUUUUUAGCACCAAAUCUAAGAGUGCUGACUAUCACCAUGAUAUGAAUAGUCAAAAUUUUAACAAAUGGUUGACCGAGAAGCUUAUUCCGAAUUUGCACAAGCCCAGUGUAAUAAUCAUGGACAAUGCCAGUUACCACACUGUGCAGAAAAAUAAGACCCCGACAAUGACAAACCGCAAAGCCGAUAUUCAAAAGUGGCUUGAUGAAAAUAAUAUAGAGUAUGAAGAAUUUUUCUCAAAAGAGGAAUUGAUGUGUGUAGUAGAGAAGCAUAAACCAGACCCUAUAUAUGUGGCAGAUGACCUUCUCCAGCAGAAUGGCCAUGAAGUAUUAAGACUUCCUCCGUAUCAUUGCGACCUGAAUCCAAUAGAGUUGAUAUGGAGUUCAGCGAAACGACUAAUCGCAAAGAAAAAUAUUGGCUUAUCUGCAGCAGACACAGAAGAACUUAUUAAGGAGACAUUCGCGAACAUAACUGCCUCAGAUUGGAAAACAAUGACUAACCAUGUCAUUAAUGUAGAGGAUAAGUAUAGAGAAAGAGACAAUAAUGUCACAUUAAAAGAAUUCAUAAUAAAUGUUGGCAGUGAUAAUGAUACAAGUAGCUCAGAAGAAUCGUUAUAUGAAUUUUUAGAGUCUGAUUUUGAUUACUCUGAAUAAAUAAUAAUAAUAUUUUGUUUUUUAUUUAUUAAUAAUUGA